GACUGAAGCCUCAGACAUCAUUCGUCAGUCUUUCACAUAUUACACUUUUGCUGUUUCUACCAGUUGUUUGUGAAUUCCACAUCAUGAAGACUCUGUACUUACUCCUACUUCUCACAGCAUCAUUCCCCCUUGUCCUGCCAGUCUCUCGGAAGUAUUUUAUGAUCCACCAGGGAAGAAACUGGAGCGAUGCUCUGGCUUACUGCCGGGCCACGUACACUGACCUGGCUAUCAUUGAAAAUCAAGACUACAUGAAACGAUUUGUGAGUGACUCUCAGAAACAACAGCUGAAUUCCAGCGCUUGGAUUGGACUGUACAAUGACAUCAACAGCUGGCACUGGUCCUUCGGAAACGAGCCACUAGGAAAUAUGACAAAAUGGAUGAUGGGAGAGCCGAAUAACAACGGUGGACGUCAAGAGUGUGUUGCGAUGCAUCCACACGGUUGGAGCGAUAGAUUUUGUAAAUCCACAUUUUUCUUCGUGUGCUUUGAUGAUACCAGAAAUGGCACUGAGAGGUACAUUAACAUCUCUAAUAUGAUGACAUGGUUUGCAGCUCAGAGUUACUGUAGACGGUAUUACACAGAUCUGGCCAGCACCAAAGAUAUAACAGAAUACUUACUUGUACAGUCGUUUUUUCCCAACGAGACUUGGAUUGGUCUGUUCAGAGACUCCUGGAAGUGGAUAGAUAAAAGCAACCUCUCUACCGUCAGUUGGAUGCCUUAUCAACCUGAUAACAAACUGUGGCAUGAAAACUGUGGUUAUAUAAACAACAGUAGAGUCGGUGAUGCGCUAUGCUCAGACAUAAUGCCUUUCGUCUGUUAUUCGGGAAUCAUAAGAAAAUAUAAAACUGUAAGGCUGAAGGUGCGAUCCAAUCAGGAUGUGAACGAUCCUGGAGUAAAGGCGGCCAUCUUGGAGCAGAUCAAGCAGAAACUGAAGGAUCACGGGAUGGCAGAGAACAGCACAGUGAAGUGGAGAGAGCAACCAGAUGGUUUGGUGUUUCAUAAACAGAAAAGAGAAUGAUUCUACAUCGUGAACCAUCCCAGGAGAGUGUGACCGUUUGUUGCUAUAUUUUUCUGAGAUUCUGAAUAAUUGUAGAUGAUCUAAGUGUUAAAACUGAUAACUGAAUAUUAUCUGAAUCUCCUUCUAGACACAUAAAUAUACAUAAUAGUUAUAUAUAUAUAUAUUUGUAGUACAGUGGAACCUCAGCAUAGGAGUUUCAUCGGUUCUGGAGUCGAGUUCUUAAGGUGAAAAUUUGUACUGAUGAAUUUUCCCAUCAGAAAUAAUGUACAUGCAGAUAAUCCAUUCCAGCUCCCAAAAAUAUUCCCAGUAUGAAGUGUAUGUAAACUGUAUGGCUGCUUACAAAGAACUGACCCAAGCCAAGCAUUCCAUGUCAAGGGUCCUCACAGGAAGUUGUGCCACCAAGCUUGGGCUAAAAAUAGAACAGACCGCCCACACCACCAAUCUGUCCACAAAAAAAAUGUCACCUAGUGAAAAAUCACCUAGCUUUUGAAGGCAUGCCGAAGGUAACGUUGGUUUGACUCUUUCCAAACAGCUUUCACUGACUGAUAUUACAUUCGUAAACUCUCUUCGGUUGGCUUUCCACUGACGCUAAUAUGUUUUGAACGGCUCCCGGACGUACGUGGGACUUAGCCGGCGUUUUGGUUUGGUUCAGUUUGUUGCCAAGCAUGCCAAAAAUGCUUCGUGUGCCAACGCAAAUUUCUUGCACAAUUUCAAUUCUUAAGGUGAAAAUUCCCAAGGGAAGGCACUCAUAUGCCGAGGUUCUGCUGCACCUAUAUAAAUAUUUGUAUUCAAUGUCAAAACUAACAGACUGAUAAUGUAACUUGAAUCUAAAUGUAAAUUGACAGUACAGUGAAAAACAAAGAAAAACACAUUUCAUUGGAAGUUCUGGUUAUUUCUAUAACUACAGAAUAAAUCUUUGAAACAUAACAUGCAUGAUAUAUUUCACAUGAACUGUAUCUAAACAAAUAUGUAUAUAUGUAAAAAUAUAGAUUGAUUUACACACACACACACACACACACACAUCAUGACAUGAUUGUGUAUCUCCUCUCAUUACAUGCUCUAACUGUAUUUUACUUCAUUUUUCUUGUUUUAAGCUUCAAGAUCUCACAUGUAGGUCAACUAAAAUGAUCAAAAUGAGGC